CGGAUUCAGUGACUGGGUGAAAUAAACUUUCCGGCUGGUCUAAAGUGCUCUCGAAAGAGCUAUCUUUUUCCACCAUAUUUUUUUUUAAUUUUUGAAUAUUUUUAAUGCAUUAUGUGUAAAGUUAAAUUUUAAUUUUGUAUAGGUGUAAAAUCUACUUUUACCUGGAAGACGAUGGAGUGCAAGUAAAUGAACAAAAAGUUGAUAACAGUGGCAUUCCUCAAGGUUUGUUAAGAGCAAUUAUUAUUUAUUUAAUUUAAAAGAAUUCAUGAUUUUUUGAACUGUGAAAUUAUCAUAUUACAUAUUAGUAUUUUUGCACAAGUGAACAUAACAAGUUGAUUGGUCAAAUAUGACGUAUUAAGCUGUUAUAUUCACCUACAGGUGAAUAUAACAAAACCGAAAUUUUCAAAAUGGCGGCUAGCCGUUUUGUGGACGUUAUACUGAUAAAGAAAUAAGCGAAAUUAAAAUAAAUUCAGUCCCCAAAAAGUACCAAAACAAUUAUUCGCCUCAGGCUCGGUGAUUAUCGGGGAAUAUUCACCUCGACUUCGUCUCGGCGAAUAUUCCUCGAUAACCACCUCGCCUUCGUUCGGAGUGACGUCAUAACCUUGACAUGAAAAAUAAUAUUAAACGCUAUGAUGUCAUGCCAAUGACGACUGCCAAAGAAGUGAGGAAUUGUAUGAUAGCACAAAUGGCUUCCUACAACCGGCUGCUGUUUCAUAUUUUAAAUAAAUAAUAUAACAAUUAUUGGAUUCGGUUUUCGCAUGAUAUGUCGAAAAAUAUCAAGGCCUCAGUUUGGGUUAUCAACCUCAUCCUUCGGUUUCGGUUGAUAAGACAAACUUCGGGCUUGAUAGUUCUUCAUAUCAUGCUCAUUCAAUAACUGUCAAAUAAAACUUUGAGACAUGCGUUCGUACAAAAGAAAACCAUGUAUGAAAAUACAAGAUUGCACUAGCUUACGUCAUAUAGAACGAGCUUGAGUCUAUGGCGUAGGCUAAAGGGACUCUGGCUCAAAUUUAUUUCAUUAACUCAAUAUCCUCUUUAGGCACACUCAUUCGAAGACAUCGCGUUCCUUUACCUCCGCCAAAUGAUGACCAAUUCUACACUGUUGAUCACUUUAAUGUCGGACAGGAAAUCAAUAUAUACUCAAAAGUUUUUAAAAUUAUUGUAAGUAGAUGAGAGUGAUACUUCUUGCAUAGUAAUUAUUGUGUUUACUAGUACUACAUAUUUUUUCAACGCUAUUCAUUUUAGGGAUGUGAUGAAUUCACGAGAAAUUUUCUCACCAAACUCGGUCUCCGUGUUGGAAAAACAGAAGAAUUCCCUGACGAUCCUUAUUCACAACAUCGUACGCAGGUGUGACAAAGUGCUAUUAUGUUCACAUGUUUCUUCAGUGCAUGUUUCCACAGGCUUACGAGUCGACUUCCGAGAGAAAGCUAAUUCUUCUGUCCCAUAUUUAGAUGAAAGAGAGCAUGCAAGCUUUACGUCCUUACGAAAAAGAAGAUACACUCAAGCAGUUCUUGCAAUAUGAUCGAAGAGUGUUGAGAUUCUAUUGUUUGUGGGAUGACUCAGACAGGUAUGAACUGUGAGAGAUGUCGAAAUGUUACUCACAAAAUUAAUCCAUAUAACUAUAAUGUGCUAUUUUUCGUUCGAUCUGUGGAAUAUCCGUAAUUAAUUUGCUCUUCUUUUGUUUGUGCUUAUGCUUGUAUGCGAAGUAUACAAAUGUGCAUGGUGAUGUAUUAUAAUAAUAAUGAUAAUAAUGAUGGUUUAUUAUUAUGUAAAUACUUGUAAAUAUUAUGUAUUAUUAUGUAAUUACUUUACAUUUACAUCUAGAGAAUCCAAAGUCUAUAUAUAUAUAUAUAUAUAUAUAUAUAUAUAUAUAUAUAUAUAUAUAUAUAUAUAUAUAUAUAUAUAUAUAUAUAUAUAUAUAUAUAUAUAAAUAUCUACAACUUACUAUACUACUAUAAAAUGUCUAAAAAUAUUUUAAGCUUAUCUAUUUGAGUUGCAGAUGUAUUGAUGUUUUGACGUAAUUUAGCAAUCAACCAAUGGUAUCAUUUCAUCGAAUUACUACCGUGUUGAAAUACUUGAUAAGCAAAAUUUCAAACGAUAUGCACGGUUAAGUCAUCUCAACAUAAAGUCGUAUCUCGCAACCUCCAAGCACAGUACAUGUAACAUUUUAGUCUGCAUUUAUUUUCAUAAUAUAUAUAUAUAUAUAUAUAUAUAUAUAUAUAUAUAUAUAUAUAUAUAUAUAUAUAUAUAUAUAUAUAUAUAUAUAUAUAUAUAUAUAUAGAUAUAUAUAUAGAUAUAUAUAUAUAUAGAUAUAUAUAUAUAUAUACAUGAAGUAAUUUCCAUUAAUCCUGAAUUUUUCUUGAUGCACUUUUUCGAUUGUGUUUUUACUCGAGGCUUAAUCUGACUUAAUUAAGAUAAAUAUUAAUGCCAGCAGAAAAUACUGCUGGGCAUUAAUAUUUAUCUUAAUCUGACUUAUUUGUUUCUAGCAUGUUCGGUGAUCUGCGAGAAAUGGUUCUACAUUACUUCUUGGCUGACGAUACCAUUGAAAUUCGUGAAAUAAUUCGAGCUAAUGUUGGCAGAGAUGCAGUUCCCAUGUUUUUGAGAAGGCAGAAGUUACCAAAGGUACAGUAGGUGAUUUAUUAAAGUAAUAGCCAGAACGAUUUGGCAAAUUACAAGCAGUUGUGGAAGUUAGUACAGAAGGCAUCACCGCGGCAAGCAGGUGAAAAGGCCGGGAAAGUUAUGAACUGAAUUAGCCUCUAAAAAUGCCUCUAAAAUGGCGUUCAUAUAGGAGAUUAUUUUGGGUGACAGUGCAGUGAACUCGGUCAGUUUAAAUUCUAAAUUUCAGGCAUCUCGUAAUUCGAUGAAACAGAACAUUGAAGCGAAAUUUCCAUCUACAAAAACUCUUGAAAAUGGGAAGAUUAUAGCUUAUAGCCAAUCAGCCUAUGCCCAGUUAAUUGUGAUUGGCUGAUCAGAUUUAAACCUGUCAAACGCUCGUUACAACUGACAUGAAAAUUUCAUUUGAGCAUAGACAAUGUUUUUAGCUGCGACGUUGUCCGUACUUAUAUGCAAAAGAUGGUAUUCGCAACGUUCACCUCAUGGCAUUAUGUCUUCCACUCUUCCUGGGGCCCGUUGUAUAAAAAGUAGUUUAUUUUAACUACAAAACGGGCAGUUACAAAGUAUAGUUAAGCUUUUUAUACAACCCGCCCCUGUUCUUGGAAAUUAGUAAUCAGAAUUAUCUGAAGUAAUCAUGCAUUAUCAUUACACUACAGUAUCUUACAUUAUCAUUACAGGAACCAGUAUCAACAUUGCAACCAGGACGCAUGACUGGUCGUACGGUGCUAAAUGUAUUUGGACCAAUGGGUCACGGUGGUCGAUGGAUUUUAGACAGCUUAAAGACAGGAGCAGUUCAUAUCAAUUAUUACACGGAUGCUGAUCUUACAAUUGGUAGCGUUAUCAAUGUCUGGGGUAGAAAGUUUUUAUUAUUUGAUUGUGAUGAAUACACCAAGGAACAUUAUCAAACAAAGUUUGGUGUAAACGACUUUCAACCAAUCAAAUACAAGUCCGAUCCAGGGCAGCCGAAGCCACGCGAAAUUCCUCCGUACAAUGGAUUUGGGAGUGAAGAGGAUUCUUUAUGUUCCUGUCUUGGACUCAUUCCUAAACCUCCGAAACAUGAUUUCAUUAAAUUCAUGGAAAAAGACAGGUUUGAUCUUAAAUUUCUAAUAUUAUUUGAAUACAUCAAUUGGCCAGUGGCGGACACUCCUCGAGCUCCCUUAAUAAUGUGUGUAUUUUUAUCAUUUAUAGACAUGGUCUAGACAGUAACGUUCUUCGGUUUAUGGCAAAGAUGGACUCUGACCGUCCAAUUGAUCACAACCGUCAUUUCAUAAUAUCUUACUUCCUUUGUGAUGAUACAAUACUUGUUUAUGAACCACCUCAGCGAAACUCCGGCAUUAUUGGAGGGAAAUUUUUGGAGCGGAGUCGUAUCAAAGUACCUGAUGGAUCAGGCUACUACAGUUCUCGGGUACGUAGCUAAUUCACUUCUUUUGCUUCAUUUUAGGAAUGAUCAUAAUAUUUACAGUAUUAAAGUUCUAGGGAAGGAAGAAUACUUUUUUAACUUGGUCUCAGUUUUGCUGAAAUGUAGUUCAGAUUUGGGAGAAAUUUUUUGUUUGAAUGUGCGGAUUCUGCAAAGACAGUAGAUCAUUAACAUACAGCAACUGAAAUACCAAUUUAAAUGUAUAUGUACCUGUAUUUUCUUUUCUGUUUUCUUCAUGAAUUAUUAAUGAGUUUCGCAAAUAUAUAUAACGCAUGCUUUAUAUAUAGGAUCUUUUUAUUGGUGCUCACGUGGAAUUCCUGAAACACAAGUUUAUCAUCACCGAUGCUGAUGAGUAUGCUGUGUAUUACAUUGAAAAGAACAAUAAAGAAUACUUGCAAGCCAAUGUUCCGAUCAUUUUGUCAAAACUGAGAGAAAUAACAGACAAACAUCUCGAAGAUGUUCGUUCAUUCUUUGCUCAAGCAGAUCCACAAGACUCAGGAUAUAUAAGCUACGAUAAUUUCAGGUGAGUGUUUCGGCAUUUACUUGACAGCCAGCGAUAUACAUGAUUUAGCGUGUCCCAUGCGAGAGCGCAAGGAAGGAUGCGGGGUUCCGAAGAAUGCCUUGUUGCUUUACAUAUAUAAAGUUUAAUAUUUUGGUUGAUCGAUUUUGUACGUUUUUCAUUCCUUCAUCUUAACCGUUAUAUUUAUUGAAUAUCUUAAUACUAUACUAUACUAAUACCGAGGGUGAGCAAUCCGGAUUGAUAAUUAUGGGUCAGACGCUCUCUAUAAUCGUAAAACUUUAUAGUAGAAAGAUUUCACCAAUUUUGAAACUUCAGUAAAUAUUUUUACUACAUGUAUAAGCAUUAUUAAUUAUUGAAAUUAGCAAGAAUUUCAUGCUGUGCACAGGCUAAAGCAUUAUGCUAUAUUAGUAUAAUUACAUAGGUGAUUAUUGAAAAUUCUCCACGCUGAUUGGUUGCCGUUGAGGUGAUUAUUACGCGAUAAUCACCUAAGCGAUUUUCAAAAUGGCAGCCGAAGCCGUUUUGUCAAAUUAAAUGACGAAGAAAUGUCUAUUUUUUAUUUUUUUCCAAAUAAUCACCUAUGAAAUUAUACUAAAAGAAUUAUUCACCUCAGGCUCGGUGAUUAUCGUGAAUAAAAACCUCGACUUCGUCUCGGUUUUUAUUCACCGAUAAUCACCUCGCAUUCGGCGAAUAAUUGUUAAUUGUGUUAAUGUCCAAUUAUGAAAUACCAAUGCUGUGCACCCUUCCGGAAAGUACUUCACCUUGGCUAUACUGGGGCGCUUUCAUGAUUGAAAUGAGGUUCUUUAGCCAAAGUGACGUACUUUCCGAAAGAGUGUAUUGAAUGAUAUGAUUAAUCACAGUUUACCUGAUUUUUCCGUGUAGAAACUUUAUUUUGAAAUACUCGUCAAGUCUUUCUGAUCAUGAAAUAUUGUCCGUUUGUCGCACAUAUGGUAGUACCAAGGU